AGUCAUGGUUCAAUGUCAAAUUUACAGCGGGGCAGAGAUUAAUUUUCCCUACUAAUACCGCAGAGCAGACGCAAUUGCUAGGAAUACUUCUCUGUAGAGGCAAUUCACGUGGUAGGUCCGUGGUUUUUUACACACGCCCUGCCUUGUCGCAUCCGCUACCGUCAGUCAUCAUGAUUGCGCAACUGCUUAGAAGCAUACCGCGAUACGAGCUUUCAACGGAAAAGUUCCUUCUAGUUGUCUUCAUCGUCGCGACUGCGCCUAUCAUCGUCUUAUUUGCAUUCGAAUCUUCCCAGCGAAGAGGACAAAAGCUCCAGCCGCGAGGAUGUCGAAAACUAGGCCUCCGAGCGAAGAGCAAUAUCGCAGACGAAUAUAACAGCGAGUACGGCAAAGCGCAGGAACCGGGCCAGGACAAAAAUGGCGUCGAGCGCUGGAGAGUCAAGAGUCUCUGGAUAUACCCGAUCAAAAGCUGUCGAGGAGUCGAACUCAAUCGUGGCACGGUGGUCAGCACGGGAAUGCAAUAUGAUAGACAAUUCUGCUUUGCGUUGUGGAAAGAGCGGCCGGCACAAAGUUCGUCUGUUGCUGCUGCUGCUGCUGCCGCUGCCGCUGCUACAGCUUCUGAGCCAAACGAUAAUAUAGACUCCAAAAAAGGCGGGAAAGAAAAGGAAAUGUACUGGAAAUUCAUCACGCAACGCGACCACCCGCUGCUUGCGCUCGUCGAGACUGAAGUCUGGGUACCAGACCCGGCAUCGCCGGGCUAUUCGCUCAAAGCACAAGACGUACAGGGCGGCGGCGUGCUGGUGAUCAAGUUCCCCGGAAAGAGGUACGGCAUCAUUGGAACGCUGUUGGAUUCCCUUUUCGGCGCUCCCCAGGAAUCGUUCAGAGUCCCACUAGAUCCGACUGCAGAGCAAAUCAAAGCAAGAGGAUUCACGAGGGAUAAUAUGACUGUUUGGAAGGACUCGCCGCUUUCUCUAAAGCUCAAUGGAGUUGUCCCGCGUGAGUUUGGCCAGUUUCUCCGGCUCAGCGAGACGGAGUCUCUUUCCCUGUUCCGCGUAGACAAGGAGCAUUAUAGAGAAGUAUUCAAGUGCGCACCGCGCGCCGAUGAUUUGGGGUACCAGCCCAUUACUGGCUUUGCUGAUUCUUAUCCCCUACACAUCCAAAACCUCGCCAGUGUACGAGACGUUGGAGAGCGUGUCAAGUCUCAAGUCCCUAAUCUUAGUGUCCUUCGUUUCCGACCAAACAUUAUUGUUACCGGCCCCGAAGCCUACGCCGAAGACUCGUGGAAGAAGCUUCGCAUCGGCCAAGACGUCUUCCAUGUAUCUUGCCGCACGACACGUUGUAAGCUGCCGAACAACGACCCCGACACUGGCGUCAAGAACAAAGUCGAACCAGAUCGCACGCUGCGUGCCUAUCGAUGCAUUGACGAGGGGUCGCCGAAGCAUGCUUGUUUGGGAAUGAUGAUGGUUGCUUCGUCUCAGUUGAGCACCGUCAAGGUCGGCGACAAAUUAGAUGUCCUAGAAACAGGAGACCAUUUCUACUUGUAAUUCAUUCAUGAUACCCGUAACCCGCUGUAACUAGACACAUGGCCUACCGUCUACAUAUUUAGAGGUCAGGUAUAUAUAUUUACUAUUUAGUAAUUUCAAAAGUAGUCUACGCUAUCAAUUAGAAAGUUAUAGAUUUGAAAGCCCAAGGCACG